AUGGCUGACGAUACGCGGGGCUCCACAACUAUUGCUCCGGAGCAAAGGGAGCCGGAAUCGCAAAAUACUGCAUCGGAUUUCACAUCCCAAAAGAAGCUGAAGCAUGAGAUUCCUCAAUCGCAAGUCGGAAAACUUUGGGACGCAUUUGGAAACCCUGAAGAGCCUGUAAACAUGCUUCCUUCUGCUGGGAUCAAGUCCGGAAAGAAGCAUGCCGACAUCACGGUCACCGAAGCUAUGAAGUCAAUGUCGUUGGAGAAUGCUACGUCUUUCUACAAAGCACCCUGUGCUCGGGAUUCGUUGCUUAUCGGAAUCGGCGCUGGGUUCGGUAUAGGUGGGGUGAGGGGUGUCAUUGGAGGGCUGCCCAAGAUUUGGACUGCCUGUAACUGGGCCGUGGGCGCAUUUGCCAUUACCGCCCUCGCAACACAUGAAUUCUGCCAGCGACGUCGAGUACAGGAACUGGACGGCAUGAAACAGGCUGUGGAGCUGAUGAAGGAGCUCAAACUCAAGAAGCAGCGUGAGAAGGAGCAGAAGGAAAAGGAAGCCGCGCGCCUGGCGGAGGAAGAGAGGCAACGGAAGAGUUGGACCAACCCUUCCAACUACAAGUUCUGGUAG